AUGUUCAAGAGUUUUCUCGACGGGUUUACGAGUGGCAACACGACGGGCCAGGGAGCUGCUGGCGAUUCCAAGGGAGCGACGCCCGCACAACUCCGGGCGGAUAUCUACACUGGAAUGGAUCAGAUUGGAGUGUGGAUUGCGAAUGGAAAGGCAGAGAAUGGGAUUGACUAUCGAACUACAUUGAGCAUUCUGGACAGGCAUUUCCCGGGGACUGUAGUCAACCGAUGUUCAGAUGAAGUCCCUGUGCUGGUGGGCGGGCUGAUCAACAUGAUCUUUGAGUUUAGCAAGUCGGAUGCGAUAUCGGCUGCAAUGGCUCUGCGGACACUCUCUGAAAAGCUCACAACUGCACUUAAUGCGAUUGGGGACACGACGCACAAGCAGGCGGUCGGGGAUGGGAUUGUCCGUGGGCUGCAGAAUGUCAUGGAUCCAGCGAUUGCAACCAGGGACUUUGCAGCACGGGUACAAAUGGUAGGCUCACUCAAGAACAUCACUGCAUCCGUCUAUGGCAAAGCAGGCGCCCAGGCUGCGAGGAAUGCGGACGUCGUCUGGCAGUCCAAGUUUAUUUGA